GCUGAAACAGUGAGCCAUGGAGCUGUAUUUUGGUGAAUAUCAACACGUCCAGCAGGAAUAUGGUGUCCACCUGAGACUUGCAAGCGAUGAAAGCAGAAAAUCAAGGAAUUCCCAGCACUCAAAGGGAGGUUCCUAUGGUGUCAGUAUUAGGGUGCAGGGGAUUGAUGGCCAUCCCUACAUAGUCCUGAAUAACACAGAGCGGUGUCUGGCAGGCACAUCUUUUUCUGAAAAUGGGCCAUCGUUUCCAUCUCCAAUGAUAAAUAACCUGCCUCCGCAUUCUAGCGAUGGGUCUGUGCUUGGGGAGAGUGAUGCAGAAGAAUUGCAGCUCCCAGAAAACCCAUAUGCCCCACCCAGCCCCAUAAAGAACCUAAAACAAGGCACUCUAUAUGAGGGGAAGAAUGGAGUUCUAGAACACAGAGACAGGCCAGUGCAGCCUUCUCACAUGCUGAACUUUCAGAGGCACCCUGAGCUUUUGCAGCCAUACAACCCUGAAAAGAAUGAGUUGAACUCACAAAACCACCAGUCUCCUGAGAGCAAUAGGCUAAAAACUUUAACCAAAGAAGGUACCAAUGAUAAGAAGCCUUGGACAUGCUUUCCCAAACCUAGCAAUUCCCAGCCGCCCACUAGCCCUCCUCUGGAAGACCUGCCAAAACCCAAUGUGACAGCCAUUCGUUUAUGCAGCUCCAUGGUCAUAGAUGACCCCAGGAAGCAGACAUCAGUGUGUGUAAAUGUUCAGAGCCGCACCAAGGAGGGGGUGGCCGAGGAGGCCCUUUUACCUAGUGGGAGGCUGCUAACCACCCACGGCCCACACACCCACCAUGAAUCCAAGAAAACCAGGCCAGAUGUUCUUCCCUUCCGGCGACAAGAUUCAGCUGGCCCCAUACUAGAUGGGUCUCGAUCACGGAGGUCCUCCUCGUCAUCAACAACUCCCACUUCGGCCAACUCCCUAUACAAAUUUUUACUUGAUGAUCAAGAAUGUGCCAUCCAUGCUGACAAUGUGAAUCGUCAUGAAAAUAGAAGGUAUAUCCCCUUCUUGCCAGGAACUGGGCGGGAUAUUGAUACAGGAUCCAUUCCAGGAGUAGAUCAGUUAAUUGAAAAAUUUGAUCAAAAACCUGGGCUUCAGAGAAGAGGAAGGUCUGGGAAGAGAAACAGAAUCAAUCUAGAUGAUAGGAAAAGGUCCAGAAGUGUGGAUAGUGCCUUUCCAUUUGGUCUGCAAGGGAACUCAGAGUACCUAAGUGAAUUUAGUCGGAACUUGGGUAAGUCAAAUGAACACCUCCUGCGACCAUCCCAAGUCUGCCCGCAGAAACCGCUCUCUCAUGAGCACCGUGGAAAGCAAAGUGUGGGUCGAACCUUUGCGAAGCUGCAGGGGGCAAUUCAGGGCACACACUGUGUUCCCCCCAGACCCUCCCAGGAGAACAAAGAUGGGAAAGUUCAAGAAAACAAAGGUAGUCAGGAAAGUACAAUGAUGCAUGCAUCCUCCCUCCCAGCACAGAAGAAAAAGGAGGAGGAAAUAAAAACAGCCACCGCGACCUUGAUGUUACAGAAUCGGGCAGUAGCAACUUUGCCUGAUUCUGGUGCCAAGAAAAUAUCAGUGAAGACGUUUCCCUCCACCUCAAAUGCUCAGGCUACACCAGAUCUGUUAAAAGGCCAGCAGGAGCUCACUCAACAAACCAAUGAGGAGACUGCUAAACAGAUACUUUACAAUUACCUCAAAGAAGGAAGCACCGAUAAUGAUGACGCUACUAAAAGGAAAGUCAACCUGGUCUUUGAGAAAAUCCAGACUUUAAAGUCUCGAGCAGCAGGGAGUGCACAAGGAAAUAACCAAGCUUCUAAUUCCUCAUCUGAAAUCAGAGAUCUGUUGGAACAGAAAAACAAGUUGACCACAGAAGUGGCUGAACUUCAGAGACAGCUUCAACUAGAAGUCAAGAAUCAACAGAACAUCAAAGAAGAGAGAGAGAGAAUGAGAGCAAACUUAGAAGAGCUCAGAAGCCAGCAUGCAAAUAAGGUGGAGGAGAACUCUAUGCUGCAACAACGAUUAGAAAAGAGUGAAGGGGAGCUCCGCAAAAACCUGGAGGAGCUGUUCCAGGUGAAAAUGGAACGGGAACAGCACCAGACUGAGAUCAGGGAUCUCCAGGACCAGCUCUCAGAAAUGCAUGACGAACUGGACAGUGCCAAACAAUCUGAAGAUAGGGAGAAGGGGGCUCUGAUUGAGGAACUCUUACAGGCGAAACAGGAUCUACAAGAUCUUCUAAUAGCCAAAGAAGAACAAGAAGACCUCUUGAGAAAGCGGGAGCGUGAACUCACUGCCCUGAAAGGUGCUUUGAAAGAAGAGGUUUCCAGCCAUGAUCAGGAGAUGGAUAAGCUGAAGGAGCAGUAUGAUGCUGAACUGCAGGCCUUGAGGGAGAGUGUGGAAGAGGCCACCAGGAAUGUCGAGGUCCUAGCCAGUCGGAGCAGCACUUCAGAACAAAACCAGGCAGGGGCUGAAGUGCGGGUGAAGGCUCUGAAGGAGGAGAAUGAGAGACUGAGGGGAAGAAUUGAAGAGCUGGAGCGGAGUGUCACCCAGCUUCAGAGCCAGAUUGAUGACAUGGGAGGCGAGGAAGCCAAAAUGAAAGAAAUGCUUAAGAAGUACGAGGGAGAAAAGGAGCAAUUAGAAGAGGCCCUUGUGCAUGCCAGAAAGGAAGGAAAGGAAGCCAUGACAGCUCAAAGGAGCCUGGAGGGUGCACUAGAGGAUGCUCAGAGAAAUCUGAGUUGGGCCACUCAGGAGCAGAAGCAGUUGUCUGAGAAACUAAAAGAUGAGACUGAACAGAAGGAGCAAUUGAGGAGGCUGAAGAAUGAAAUGGAGAAUGAACGAUGGCACCUCGACAAGACCAUCGAGAAACUUCAGAAGGAGAUGGCCGAUAUUGUUGAAGCAUCCCGCACGUCAACGCUGGAGCUCCAGAACCAGCUGGAUGAGUACAAGGAGAAGAAUCGCAGGGAGCUGGCAGAAAUGCAAAGGCAGUUGAAGGAGAAAACCCUGGAGGCAGAAAAGUCCCGUCUGACAGCCAUGAAAAUUCAGGAUGAGAUGCGCCUGAUGGAGGAAGAAUUACGAGACUACCAGAGAUCUCAGGAUGAAGCUGUCACGAAAAGGCAGCUUCUGGAGCAGACACUGAAGGACCUGGAGUAUGAACUGGAGGCCAAGAGUCACCUCAAAGAUGACCGCAGCAGACUUGUCAAGCAGAUGGAGGACAAGAUGUCUCAAUUAGAAAUGGAAUUGGAAGAAGAAAGGAACAACUCAGAUUUGCUGUCUGAGAGGAUCUCUCGGAGCAGGGAACAGAUUGAGCAAAUGAGGAACGAAUUACUUCAGGAGAAAGCCAUGAGGCAAGACUUGGAAUGUGACAAGAUUUCCCUGGAGAGACAGAACAAGGACUUAAAGAGCCGGAUUAUCCACCUGGAAGGUUCCUACAGGUCCAGCAAAGAGGGGCUGGUGGUGCAGAUGGAAGCCAGGAUCGCAGAGCUGGAGGACCGCCUGGAAAGUGAGGAGAGGGACCGGGCCAGCCUCCAGCUCAACAACCGGAGGCUGGAGCGGAAAGUGAAAGAGCUGGUGAUGCAGGUGGAUGAUGAACACCUGUCACUGACUGAUCAGAAGGACCAGCUGAGCUUGCGCUUGAAAGCAAUGAAGCGACAGGUGGAGGAGGCUGAGGAGGAAAUCGACAGACUGGAAAGUUCUAAAAAGAAGCUGCAGAGGGAGCUGGAGGAACAGAUGGAUGUGAAUGAGCAGCUGCAGGGACAGCUCAAUUCCAUGAAGAAGGACUUAAGACUUAAGAAGUUCCCGAGUAAAGUGCUGGAUGACAUGGAUGAUGACGAUGACCUCAGCACAGACGGGGGGAGCCUCUAUGAGGCACCCCUGAGCUACACCUUCCCCAAGGACAGCACCACCACCAGCCAGAUCUGAGUCCACCUCCAGAGCUGUUGAAAUGGCCCAUCCUUCUUAACAGAAACUCUGCCACCACACCAAGCAGGAGGCAG